AUGGGGAAGCGCAAGAGAGUGCCUCAUGAGUUACAUUCGGAGCUAUCUGAAUACGCUUCAUUACUACGCGCGCUGAACACGAGCAAUGCACUGGAUCUAGCUUCGCAUCUGACUUGCCCAAAGCCGUCCGCUACGGAAACACAAUCAUUAGAACCCAGCCCGAGCAAUACACGAAGAAAACAUUCGACAGAGGCGCCACCGCUCCCGAAUAAUGGCCGCGACGAUCUUGAACCUGAUGGUUCUCGGGGCAGCUACGAACCUCCUGCGGAGUUUCCGGGCGUCACAGAGGGCACACAGAAGGGCAAAGAGAAGGCCAAGGAGAACGAAAUCUGGACUCGUUGGCCACUCCUUCCUGACGACGUAUAUGCACCUCAAUGGAGUCUAUCGGACGAAGUCCGUGUCAUCGCGUCCAAGGCUUUGCGUGCCCAUGGAAUGGAGGAUGACGAGGAGUUGCUAGGGUCGAAAGAAGUGGAACUUCUGACGGAACAAGCAGAACGGUAUCUGGAAGGUCUGUAUCCGCCUUAUAUCACUGGGAACCUGCUUCACAGCGACUUUUUGUCAGAUCUCUUGUCCUCGAUCGCGUCCUACAUGCUGCCAACGCCAGAGAGUCUUCAGCAUCGCACGGGCCCUCGCGGCUGGAGGGACAUCGUAGAUGUUGUGCGAGCGAAUGAUCUAAUUCCUGGUGGUGCACAGGCAAAUGGAGACAACGGUUCUGAACAGCUGAGGUUUCGCCCCCUUCCGGAGAUACCUUUUUUGCCCGAUGUUCACCAUUACGUAUUGCGCAGGACGAUGGAUGCUAUCUACGGCAUUCUCACAGAUACCUUCGGAGAGGAGAGUCGCCCGCCAUUGGACGAGACGCCGUUGAAAGGUCAAGGUCCAACGGCGCUGAACGCGGCGUUCGGCGACGUCAUCGACAUGGAUGAAGACCACACCAGCGAAACCUUCGAGCGCUAUCGCGACAUCGCGGUCAAAUUUCAGCCAUCGAAAUACACCUCAUCGAAAACCUUGGGCGCAGCCUAG